AUGCCAUCAAGCGAUCUUGGAGCGGUCUACGUGAGCGACAAAUGCGGCUCUGUUGUAUGCAGUCACGUCUGCCAAGCCCUAUUCCUCGAAGGAGCGCCAGUGAUUAGGCUUUUGGCGUCAUGGUGUAUCAGAAACAGCAAGAGUAUAGAUGGCAUCAAGCCAACUCUCGCGGUAGUGUUUUUCAACACUGGUGUAGAUGCCGACGAGUAUCUUCGCAUUAAGGCAGAAGUGGCGGCCAAGGCCGGCAUCGACUUCAUUCCGUACGAACUGGCACCAAAUGCAUCUACAGAUAGAGUUCUCAAUCUGAUUUCUGCGCUGAAUAAAUGUCCUCAGACUCACGGUAUUCUGGUUCAGCGUCCACUGCCGAUUCAGAUCUCUGAAGCGGACGUUAUGGGCAGUAUCAGUAGACAGAAACAUAUUGAAGAGUGUGUUCAAGGAGAUUCUAGCAACAUUGCUGUCGAUGGUGUAGUUCGUCUUCUCGCUUCUUAUCGCAAAGCCGACAUGCUCGACUUAUCUAUUGUGCUUCUUGGGGGCACCAACAUCAUCACUCCCGGUUUCAAGGCCGAGCUCAAGAAUCGAUAUCCCCGUAUUGAGAUGUUCAAGACACCAGAGGAAGCGAAGCUUGUUAACAGAGACGGGGUUGUCGUCAUGACAGAGCUCAACAAAGGUGGCAUUAUCCAGCCUGAAAUGCUUGGGCCAGGAGUAGAGUUAGUCAUUGAUCUUGGGUUUGACAUAAACACAAAGAUGGGAGAUCUAGAUCCGAGGGUAUUUGACGUCGAUGGCUUGAUGGUGGUCCCAACUCCAGGUGGCACGCAGGGCAUCAAGAUCCACCUGGCUUCGCAAGGGAUGUGCGCAGAUCUUGAACUUAUGUAG